CCGGCGGCGCUGCGCGAGGUCGGCGGCCGUUUGUGUGCGGCCGGCGGCCGGUGCCGCGCGCUCUCACUGUCUUGUGUUUGAUGUGUUGAGCAGGAGGCAGCCCGCGCCAUGAGCAGCACGGCCGUGGUCCCCAGCGCGCCGGGCCCCGGCCCCGGCCCCAGCGGCGGACCAGGCGGAGGCACCGAGGUGAUCCAGGUGACCAACGUGUCCCCGAGCGCUAGCUCUGAGCAGAUGCGGACGCUCUUCGGUUUCCUGGGCAAGAUCGACGAGCUGCGCCUCUUCCCGCCGGAUGACUCGCCUUUGCCAGUCUCCUCUCGUGUCUGCUUUGUUAAGUUCCAUGAUCCAGACUCAGCAGUUGUGGCACAGCAUCUGACAAACACUGUGUUCGUUGACAGAGCUUUGAUAGUCGUACCAUAUGCUGAAGUAUUUCAUGGUUCUAUCAAAGCAGCAGUAAAAAAAUACUCUUGACGCAUGAAAAUUAACUGUUCUUUUCCCUGGUUCAGCCUGAACUAUAUACCAGGCCCUGCUGAAAAUACCACCCAACAGUUUUCUUCUGCAGCUUAUCCAGUUUCUCUUAAGUGCCCUGUACAUAUUUGAAGCAGCCGACACGAGUCGUUGUUCAUAAAACAGCUUUUGAAAGUUGAGAGCACACCCCUGGAGAACCGACUGUGCUUGCUUACGUUUGGUUCAUGACUUAAAAAUCGAGUACAGGAGUUAUUCCUGAUGAGACUAAGGCUUUGUCUCUGUUGGCACCAGCUAAUGCAGUGGCAGGCCUUCUGCCUGGUGGUGGACUCCUGCCUACCCCCAACCCACUUACCCAGAUUGGCGCUGUUCCCCUGGCUGCAUUGGGAGCUCCAGCUCUUGAUCCUGCCCUUGCUGCUCUUGGGCUUCCAGGAACAAACUUGAACUCUCAGUCUCUUGCUGCAGACCAGCUGUUGAAGCUUAUGAGUACUGUUGAUCCCAAAUUGAAUCAUGUAGCUGCUGGUCUUGUUUCACCAAGUCUGAAGUCAGACACCUCUAGUAAAGAAAUAGAGGAAGCCAUGAAGAGGGUGCGGGAGGCCCAAUCCCUGAUUUCUGCCGCUAUUGAGCCAGACAAGAAGGAAGAAAAGAGAAGACACUCGAGAUCAAGGUCGCGCUCGAGGAGGAGGAGGACCCCCUCAUCCUCCAGGCACAGGCGGUCACGAAGCCGGUCAAGGAGGCGGUCACACUCCAAGUCGAGAAGUAGAAGGAGAUCCAAAAGUCCAAGACGGAGACGAUCUCAUUCCAGAGAGAGGGGUAGAAGGUCAAGGAGCACGUCCAAAGCCAGAGACAAAAAGAAAGAAGAUAAAGAAAAGAAACGUUCCAAAACUCCACCAAAAAGCUACAGUACAGCCAGACGCUCUCGGAGUGCAAGCAGUUUGCACAUUUGUGAUUCCAGGGAGAGACGACGACGGCGAAGCAGGAGUGGUACAAGAUCUCCUAAAAAGCCCAGGUCUCCUAAAAGAAAGCUGUCUCGCUCACCAUCUCCACGGAGACAUAAAAAAGAGAAGAAAAAAGAUAAGGACAAAGAAAGAAGCAGGGACGAAAGGGAACGAUCAACAAGUAAAAAGAAGAGGAGCAAAGACAAGGAGAAGGAGCGCGAAAGGAAGUCUGAGAGCGACAAAGACGUCAAACAGGUGACACGGGAUUAUGAUGAAGAAGAGCAGGGCUAUGACAGCGAGAAGGAGAAGAAGGAGGAGAAGAGACCAACAGAAGCAAUGUCCCCUAAAACAAAGGAGUGCUCUGUGGAGAAGGGGAUGGGUGACCUGAGAGAGUCCAAAGUGAAUGGGGAUGAUCACCACGAAGAAGACAUGGAUAUGAGUGACUGAGCCCCUGAAGCUAGCUGCAGAUGGGCCUCGGUAUCAUUCCUCAUGAUACCUAAUGCUGUGUGUGUUCAUCUCACCUAAGUGUAUACAGCUGCACAUUACCAAUGGCUGCAGAACACCCGAUUGUGACCUCUAGUUCUUUACAGCAAAAGCUUUUAGAAAGUGGUACCUGGGUGACCAGCACUGCCAUGGUGAUAUCCAUUUGCGUGACCAAGCAGCUGUGCAACUGCUGCUUCUAACACAAAUGAACAGCUGCAUGCAUCUCCAGCAGGCAUGGAUUGUCUCUGUCGUAUGAUCCUCAGUGCGUUCACUUAGAGUAUUUCUAGAGUUUGAGUCCUUGCCGUGAUAGAGCCAUGUAGGGAAUGCACUGAUUGCAUGUUACCCCAAGUGUCAUGAAACCCUCCAACACGGUGACCUACUUAAUGGUCUUACUUGUUGACAUGACAAAUUAACAUUCUUAGAGUUACAUCUGGAAACAAGCAUUUGUGAUAGAUAAGCCUUUUGAGCCGUGGCUAAAUUUUUGUGGCUUUGUUUAACUUUCAAAGGUUAUAUAUGCACUAACCUUUUUUGAUGGCUAAGUAGGCUUUAAAUUACAGGAAAAAAAUUUCAAACAAAACUGGCUGUAAGAUACGAUGUUUUGAAUUAGAGUUGUUCACUUUUCAUAGCUACUUAUGUUUUUUUCCCCAAUAAUUUAUUUCACAUCUCUACCAGUGAACGCAACCUGCUUAUCCAGUCCAUCACUAGAAGAAAAUGACCUCGUCCUGAUUUUCAGUUUUCAACUUUUGUUUUAAAGCUCACUGUUGAACAAGAGGAGGUGGUGGUGCAUUUUAAAUUGACCUUCAUGUGCUUUUAAAAUACGACAAAUCUUGAUAAUGUACUUUUAUUUGAUCUCAAGUUGUACAAAACCAAUAAAUUUGUGUUACUUUGAUUGCAGUGGUAUCUUAUGCACAGUGAUUUCAUGUUAUAUGACUAGGUAGAUAACUGUUUUCUUAGUUACAGGAGUUAUAAGCUUCACUUUUGUGCAGUAAAAAACAAAAGUAGGCUACCAUCUGUGCCAUGUUGAUGUACAGUUUCUGAAAUUGUUUUACAGGACUUUGAUAAUAAAACCCUGAAACUCACAAGACA